UAUGUAAGCGCCUGCCGUCCUUUAAAACCCUGCCUUCGCUUGGCCCAUAUCAACUCGUCUCUUACUUUACCUCCUAGAGGAAAAACCAGCUGGAGCCCCUCAUUUUUCUGCCUCUGGCUUGGGUCCUAUAAACCAAAGGGAGGAAGGACAGCUAGCUGCAUCAGAGAGCUCCAUACCUUGUCCAUCGUCUGCUCUUCUGCCUAGCUAGGGCUAACACCAAGAAGCGGCCGAGAUGGGGAGGGGAAGGAUUGAGAUCAAGAGGAUUGAGAAUACCACUAGCCGCCAGGUGACCUUCUGCAAGCGCCGGAACGGGCUCUUGAAGAAGGCCUACGAGCUCUCCGUCCUGUGCGACGCCGAGGUGGCGCUCAUCGUCUUUUCCAGCCGCGGCCGCCUCUAUGAGUACUCCAACAACAGUGUCAAGGCUACAAUUGAGAGGUACAAGAAGGCACAUGCUUGUGGCUCAACCUCUGGGGCACCUCUCAUAGAAGUCAAUGCUCAGCAAUACUACCAGCAAGAAACUGCAAAGAUGCGCCACCAGAUCCAGAUGCUGCAAAACACUAACAAGCACUUGGUUGGUGAUUCUGUUGGGAACCUAUCACUCAAGGAGCUGAAGCAGCUCGAAAGCCGCCUCGAGAAAGGCAUUGCAAAGAUCAGGGCCAGGAAGAAUGAGCUCCUAUCUUGUGAGAUCAACUACAUGGUCAAAAGGGAGAUAGAGCUUCAGAGUGACAACAUUGAUCUCAGAACCAAGAUUGCGGAGGGGGAGCAGCAGUUGCAGAAGGUCACUAUCGCCAGGCCCUCGGCGGCCCCGGAGCUGAACCCUUUCACCGCGCUGGACAUGAAGUGCUUCUUCCCUGCCAACCUCUUCGAGGCGGCGGUGCAUGCGCACGCGCAGGCACAGGCUCAUGCUCAGGCGCAGGCGUCGCUUCAGCUGAACCUAGGCUGCCAGCAGCUUGCUCCACCGGGCGCCGGGGAUGGGGCUCAUCAGUUCUAGUCAACCUGCACGAGCUCUUGCUUGACUACACACACUGCAAUAAAACUAGAAGGUCGUCGGCAGUGUUACCAGUACUCAACUAUUCCUGUCAAACCAGCUGGCUAUAAUGAGUCAAUUACACUGCUAGUGUCACAAGUUGGCAUGAAUGUUUACUUCGAUGCUACAAGUUGUGGGAUACAUCAAAGUGGUGAAUUAACUUGGCUCAAUUGUGCAUGUACGGUGGGUUUUUUUCAGUUUCA